UCGAUACGCGCGUCUCGACGACCGGCGCGGCGUCUCAGUGUCGUCGCGACGACCGACGCGUUCCGCACUCUCGUAGGACUAUAAGAUUCGCGGUGCGCUUCUCGAUCUUCGGGGAUACUCCGAAGCAGCGCCCUCGCCUACGUAAUCGCGCGUGUUAAAUAGCCGAAGACGAGAGCGUUUUGGAGCUUCGAGAAAGAAAGAGAGAGAUACACUCUUGGCUGUUACCCGUGGGUCCAGAGCUCCCUCCGAAACACUAUCCGGCGUACGCUUUGCCAGAAAUUUUUCAACGUCGAAAUGCGCCACUCUUCCUCUGUAAAGAGUAUGGGGAAUCUGUAUAUCAUGUGUGCUUCUUGUUCCGUCGCAGUUUGCGCCGCUAAAUCUUGAUCGCUCGAAUUUUACCUUUUAUUUAUAUCAUCCACUACUCUUGGAUUAUAUUCUUGUCGCGCGCGUGUCGAAUCGGUGCACGAUAUAAUGCGUAAUAUUUAGCAUAGAGAGGUACCAAAGUGGUGCUUGUUGUUGUUGGUGAUUCUUGCGGUCUCUCUCUCUCUCUCUUUCUACCCUUUAUUAGUUAAUAAUAGGCGAAGAGUUUGAAUCUCGAGAGAAUAUUUUUUUUACGGGUUUCUUGUGUUUGGUAAAAAAUUCUGAACCCUGAAAUGUUGAAUUCGGUUGCGACUCGUGGACCUCUUCGAAUAAUAAGUUCGCGCCACGCAAUAUUGCGCGAGUAAGUACAGAAGAGGAAAAGAAGGAGGAGGAGGAGGAGGAAAAGAAGGAGAAGGAGAGACGGUGGUGGCGGAAGACAAGAAGGAGAAGGUGACGGACUCUCUAAUUUGAGUUCGCGAAUCGCUCGUACCUGACAAUGUUAGGGAUCCCGCCUGAAGAGGAUGAUGAUCACUCGAUAAACGGCGAAACGCAGCUCUCCACGUGGUUAGCGUCGAUAAUAAUUACGCGUAGGAUUAAUAAUACCCGGAAGUAUAUUACAUGGACGGGGACAGUGUCGCGAGGUAUUCAAGAGAUUCCUGGCGGCGGCUGGUGAGACCCUCUGUCAAAAAGUGCGGAUAAGUAGAGACGAUAAAUAAAGGCACACGUGCGAGGAGAGAGGCCCAGAGUUUGCGCUUCCUCCUGGGAGAUACGGGGACAGAUGAGGCCGCGAGCGACUCGCGGCUGCGAGCUGGCGGAGUAUCGAGCUCUUCGUAAUCGUUACCGCGAGGAUCGCUGCUUCUGACAGCUGGACGCUGACAGGAGGGACGAACGGACGACGGUAGUGUGCUACAGCAGCUGCGGUGUUUGCGAAUACUCGAUGGAUGAGUUCCAUCCAUUUAUCGAGGCUCUUCUACCAUUCGUGAAGUCUUUCUCGUACACAUGGUUCAACCUACAAGCUGCCAAGAGACGAUACUAUAAGAAACACGAAAAGCGGAUGAGCUUGGAAGAGGAACGUCAGUGCAAGGAGGAACUUCAGAACGAGAAGCUGGAAGUGAAACAGAAAUGGGCCUCGCGGCUUCUCGGGAAAUUACGGAAGGAUAUCACGCAAGAAUAUCGGGAGGACUUUGUGCUGAGUAUUACGGGGAAAAGACCAGCGAUGUGUGUUCUGAGCAAUCCUGAUCAGAAGGGCAAAAUGCGUCGAAUCGAUUGCCUUCGUCAAGCGGACAAGGUAUGGAGGUUGGACCUAGUUAUGGUGAUCCUUUUCAAGGCAAUUCCAUUGGAAUCGACAGACGGGGAACGGCUGGAGAAGACUGCCGAGUGCGCGCAACCAGGACUCUGCGUCAAUCCCUAUCACAUCAACGUUUCCGUCCGGGAACUGGAUCUCUAUCUCGCUAAUUUUAUCACGAGUCACGAGGUUCUAAAUGGUAUCUGCAACGCUAGCAAAGAAGAAGACAGACGUCGAAAAGGUACAGGAUACCAUGAACUAUAUAACGGUGUUGUCUGCAAUGACACGAUCCUUGCGACAGGUGUCUUCAGCUCCAAAGAGCUCUGGAUGCUUUCAAAAGCGUCCAUACUGCAUGACCUCAGCGACAUGCAGCCUCAAAUAAACGCGAUCAAAAUAGAGCACCCGCCGUACUACUGCAGCAGCUACACCCCUCCAUCCGCAGCCACGACCGCGGAUCACGUUCAGCCGGCGGCUAGCUUCAGCCCACCACCGGUUCAUCAGUUAAUAAGAAACGAUAAGACUGAAAAGUCGCCGACAAUCUCGGUUUCGAGCGCGCCGACAUUUUCAUCGGUCCUUAGGCCCGAGGAUGGACAUCGUGGGAUAGAAUCUCCGCAUUCGCAAACGGGAUUGCAUUCACCUCACGAAGGAUUAACCGGUGGCUCUGGUCAAAGUAUGUCCGGACUUGCUUACUAUCAGGCAGAACACCCCGGAUCCACAGGGGUAGUAAAGUACCCCGAGAACGGACACGAUACCCUCUCGGAUUUUGUGACGUUCGUCUGCCAAGAAGCCGAAAACACCCAGCAAUUACCCCAGACGCAGCUAACCGGACCGCGCACUGGUAUACAAAAAUUCCCACAGUAUUAUCCGAGUUCGAUGUUACCGCCACCACCUCCAGCUCCUAUGGCCAGACCGGUGGCGAUAAUAAGAUCGACGGGUGAGCUGGCAGCAACAACCGCCAGUUCGCCACCAACAUCGUCUACGUCGCCCACGGAUCCAGCCGAGUUGGGUCCCAACCAGGAACAGAUGACCGCGGCGGUCGGUCUCGUCGGUUCUGCUUGCCAGAAUUCUGUCGAAUCCGCAGGCCGGAAGAGUCCCGCCAGAAUUCUCGUUACACCGCACACCACCAGCAGGGAAUACACGUUUGCUCAUUUUCAUUCGCAACCCGGACAGCAAAUCUUCACGUAUCCGACCAUCAGCUCGAUGUCCGGGGUAAUUUCGCCAACUAAUCUGUCUCUCUUUUCGUCUCCUGUCUCGGUCACGAGACCGGUGGCAACUCAGAGAUCGGUCUCAAAUGUUCCACCGCGUUGGAAUACUGCACCAUUUAUCAAUUUGGAAGACGAUUACAACAUGAUCGCGCCGAUUAUCGCUGGGACUACUAGUGAACCACCGACUGCCAUGGAAGAAGAACGAUAUUUUCAUCCUGUGCAUACGAGUGGCGUAGUAGAUAAAAAUGGCAGUGGUAAUUUAAUAGGCAACGAACUCGGAGUCAGCACAGAUCCUGCGUCGCAUCAUCAUCAGCAACAGCAGCAACAUCAACAGCAGCAGCAACAACAGCAUCAACAACAUCAGCAGCAACAGACGCAAUCAUCUUCGCAACAGCAGCAACAAGUAAUGGCAGAUAAAUCCGGCGGACCUAAAUCUCCUCCGUGACAGUGGAGUCUGAAAACGGAAAGUCUCGAGAGACUCGCAUACUCGCCGCGUUUUUCGAGAUCGGUACUUAGUAUCGCGUGCAAUAAUUAUUCCGAGGUCAUGGCCGAGGCCGAAUUCGAGAGUAAUCGUCAGGAAUCUAUGCCUCGUAUUCAACUGCGUGAUUUAAAUAUGCGGGGAAUAGAAUGUCUAAGAGUUCGAUCUUAAUUUACCAUUAUUAUAUAAAGCAAGAGGAGAUUCAUGUUUAUCUCGAAAUGAAUUCGUACAAUAUAAAGUUUCAUAUUACAACAACUUAACCAAGUAUAUAUAGUUCUUCUGAAGCAUAGUUUAUCGCGAGAGAGUUUGCGACGCGCUUGGAAUAGCCAUAAGAUAACGUCGCCGUGCAUGCCUUAUCCUGCUCGAGAACAGAAAAUUGUCUACAUACAGUGUCGUACAACGAAAUAUUGUUCAAGCUAUAAUGUAACGUAUUUAGAUAAACGACAUGGUUUCAAUUAAAAUUGAUACAAAUAAUUGGACGCGAUAUACAAUUAAUAUGCAAUAUCGUUUGGUCAUUUGUCAACAACACAAAGUGCGCUUGUAUUGGUCGAUACACGGUUCACGAUUUCCUGACAACUAUCUAAAGUGUCUUUCUUUGUCUUUUUCUCUUUCUCCCCCUUCUCCUCCCCCCCCCUCUCUCUCUCUUUCUUUAUUUUUCUCCUUUUCCGUAUUUUUCUGUAUCUCGAGAUACGAGAUCAGCUGAGUUUCUUCAUUUACACUAUUAAUAAUUCUUCUAAAGCUCGCAGUCAUAGUUGUAACGGUGCGGUAUAUAGGAUUCUUCCAUAGUAUUUGUAUUAUAAUAAAAGAUUCGUUAUUUUCGUAAUAAAAAUUUUCGUG